UGCAGUUUGCUAAACAGAAGCUUCUGCUGGCAUGAGCCACUGCACAUCUCAUCAGACAGACUGAGACCAUGCUCUGUGCCCUGCACCCAGAGUAAGGAGAAGGAGCCACAGCAAGGUUGGUGCAACAGGCUACUGAGGCACAGAAACCACAGUGCAAGUUAAAAGCACUCAAGGCAUUGAAACAUGGACAUCUGGCCCAUUAGCAACUACUUCAUGCAACAGAGUUAAGAGGAAGAUCUAAGAGGCAUGGACCCUUGCUUCAGGUUUGGAGGAAAGUAGAGUGAACACAGAGAGGCCAGACGACCACUGAGACCCAUGGACAGUCCCACACUCACACUUCCCUAUCGAACUUUAAGAUUUCCCAGUAAUAUGCUGCCUUUGCCAAAUGAAAAGAAACUAAUGCCAAGAAGGCACACUCUUCAGUAUUGGGAAUAGAAGUGCUCUCAGGACAAUGGCUUCAAAGGUGUCCUGCUUAUAUGUUUUGACAGUUGUGUGCUGGGCCAGCGCUCUCUGGUACUUGAGUGUAACUCGCCCUACUUCUUCCUACACUGGCUCCAAGCCAUUCAGCCAUCUAACGGUUGCUAGGAAAAAUUUCACCUUUGGCAACAUAAGAACUCGACCCAUAAACCCCCAUUCUUUUGAGUUUCUUAUCAAUGAGCCCAACAAAUGUGAGAAAAACAUUCCUUUCCUCGUCAUCCUCAUCAGCACCACCCAUAAAGAAUUUGAUGCCCGCCAGGCAAUCCGGGAGACCUGGGGGGAUGAGAACAACUUUAAGGGGAUCAAGAUCGCCACCCUCUUCCUCCUGGGCAAGAACGCGGAUCCUGUGCUCAACCAGAUGGUGGAGCAAGAGAGCCAAAUCUUUCACGACAUUAUUGUGGAGGACUUCAUUGAUUCCUACCAUAACCUGACCCUCAAAACAUUAAUGGGCAUGAGAUGGGUGGCCACUUUCUGUUCGAAAGCCAAGUACGUCAUGAAGACUGAUAGUGACAUUUUUGUCAACAUGGACAACCUUAUUUAUAAGCUGCUAAAGCCCUCCACCAAGCCAAGAAGAAGGUAUUUCACCGGCUACGUCAUCAACGGAGGGCCCAUCCGGGACGUCCGCAGUAAGUGGUAUAUGCCCAGGGAUUUGUACCCCGACAGUAACUACCCACCCUUCUGUUCGGGGACCGGCUAUAUCUUUUCAGCCGAUGUGGCUGAACUCAUUUACAAGACCUCCCUCCACACAAGGCUGCUUCACCUUGAAGACGUCUAUGUGGGACUGUGUCUUCGAAAGCUGGGCAUACAUCCUUUCCAGAACAGUGGCUUCAAUCACUGGAAAAUGGCCUACAGUUUGUGUAGGUAUCGCCGAGUUAUCACCGUGCAUCAGAUCUCUCCAGAAGAAAUGCACAGAAUCUGGAAUGACAUGUCAAGCAAGAAACAUCUCCGAUGUUAGGAUUUUUACCAAUGUAAAUACAUUUUCUUUUCUUUUUUAAGAAAUGAGGCCUAGAGUAUAGGUGUUUUACAGGUGUCACUGGGGAAAUGAACUGGUGAAGGGGUUUUGUAAAAAGAGUUUUUCUUCCCACUCCGAGUUCCUUUCUUAGAAUCCCAAUUUACACAUGUUAAGCUCUGGUCAUAGAAAUAAUACAUGAGUUUAAAGGGCCAGAUUUCACUCUCAGGUCCUAAGGUAAAUUGCAUUUAUCUCGAAAAGCAACUUCCUAACAACUGCUAGGAUUUACAUACUUUGCAUCUGAGAUAAAAAUCUGGUUCUGGGAAACCAGAACUCAUGGUAGUGUCUUCAUAUUCUCUCUGCAAAAGUAAAUACAUAAGUAAAUAACACUAUAUCAAAAAACAAUUCAGAAAUAAUGCACAGUCAGGGAGACACACUGGAUGUGAUCACUAAUAUUGUACCUGCUGUUCCAUUGAUUUUCUAUGUAUGUUGCCAUGUAAUGUGUACAGUAUUUGCAGUUCCACCAAGAAAUGAACUUAGUACUGGCAGGGAGGCUGCAGUUAAAUGGGAAUAUAAACUUGAGAAUCAAACAUUCUCUAUGUUUGGAAGACAGUUUUGCUUACUCAUCCAAGAAUUAAACCUGGUCAGUGGGUGGAAUAUAUAUAAAAUGCCACUUAACAAAAUAAACAGGGGAAUUUUUUUUUUCACUCUUUCAGAACAAACAUGACCUGGUGCCUCCAAGGAGACUUUGCCAAAUGUAAUCUCAUCUGCUUCCCUCCAUAUAGCGUCGCUAAGUAUAUUUUACAGUUUCUGGCUCAGGCAGGCCCGUGUAUAGAAAUAAGUUGGUAGGGGGCCAGAAGGACAAUAAAUAACAAAGAGAAAAUACAAAUUUAUGUAUGCAUUAUAAUUAACAUAACCUUAGCAUUAGUGUCACAUGCCCCUUCCGCAUAGUUGCAAAGCAUGUGAGAAAACCAUUUGAACAGGUAGCAAUGUUAUUGAAGGUUUUAUCCCAACUGUUGAUAGAUGUCACUCCCCAACAUCCAAAAUAUCCAAGUACCUCUAGCAGCAGUGCUGUUUGAGGGGGUAUUCUAGAAGCUUUGUGCUUGAGGUUUAUAGGAAGGAAGGGCAGGGAAGCUUGGGUUCAGCUUCUGUUGCUGCCAUCAUGUGGGUCAUGUAAGCAGGCAUCAUCACCUUACUGUGCUUCAACAUUCUCAUUGAUAAAAUAGCUGGAAAAACACCUACCUCACAGGUACUGUGAGAGCAAAUCACAUUUGCUAAGUAUUUUGAGAUCUUUAGUUUCAAAGGUGCUACAUAAUGCAGUGUGCCAUGCAUUAUGCUAAAUGCUAAAAUAAUUAAAUAAUUACAGUGAUGGUCCCCAGUAGUAAUAACAUCAUCUUAGCAUAAGAUCUGCCAAAAUCAAGAUCAAAUAUAAACUAUGAGUGUACCUGAUUCUUCUAAGACUUUGAGUCUUCCUUGAAUAUGUUAGGUGUUUUGGGAAGCUUCAAUUGCUCUGUCAUUUCUUCUGGUUUCCAUGAAGAAGUUGUUACUUCAGUGCAUUGCCUUGAUAGCCCUGGUGCCAAAACGGAAGGCAGCUGCCUUUCUCUGGGGAAAAGCCUCUGGCAGGGGUGUAUUACAGUCAUUGAAGCACAUGCUUUGUAAAAUGUUUCACAUCAGCUUAGAUCUCAGGAAACAUUUGAUCUGAAUUCUCACUAAGAACUUUGAGGACUGGUAGAGCUCAUCUACCUCUGGCAGAAGAAUAGACACUCAGCAAAUCCACACACUGCACAUUUCUAUCAUUCAUUAGAAAGCUUCUGUUUGUUUUCGUUCAAAGAAAGCUCCACACCUGAAAGAGUAUACCUUUUUUUCUUUCUUUAACCCUGACCUUUGCAAGCCCCCCUAGGUGUUGAUAGCAAACAGGUAGACAAAAGUGUACAAACGGAACUCAUGGCUUAUUUCUGAAAACACUGCAACUCUGAUCUCCAGCCCAAGAGAACCCAAUAGGAGACAGGCCUUCCUAUUCCUUAAUACAUCUUCAUCUUAAGUCAGCAGGACUGCUGAGUUUUACUAGAAAAUAGCACUAGGUAGCCCAGGGAGAGAUGGAGCAGGCCAAAUCGAGCCACCAUCCAACCCCCAACGCUCAACUGCUGUGAAUUCCAGUCACUGGAAAGGUCUUACGACUUUGAACUUGGUUCACCUGUCAAUCACAUAGUCGAAUCAAGGAUCAGUCUCCUACUGACAUCUUGCAUUUCCCUCACGAUCAGUCGAGCCACCUUUGGUGUCAAGGACUUGCACAUUAAAAACAUAAUAUGUGUACAUCUGUGAAUUGUUUUAUAUAUGUGUGUGCGUGUGUACAUAAUGAAUAGAGCCCUAAUCUUUAAGAGGAGCAAAAAUCAGAGAAUCACAUCUUAAAGAACUAUUUCCUAACUUUUUUAUGCUAGGUAGUACCCAUGUGACAAACAUGUAAAUAUUCAUCAAAGACCACAUGUAUAUAUUUUAAAGGCAUUUUUUCUUCUCCCCAGCUGUACGUAUAACUAGAAUCUGCUUGCUGUGUACAUUUUCUUCUGCAUGAAGUUUGGUGAGGCGAGGCCAUUUGUCCAGUAUUUCAAUAUCCUAAAGCAUGUUUACCCUUUGUUUUUUGAAUGUUCCAAAAUGUUUAAUUUAUCAGGAAAAAGCCCUAAUUUUCUGCUUUUCUUAACUUCAUGACACUGACCAAAUUAUGAUUUCAGUGAUUUGUUAAGCCAUUUUUAAAUUUAUCAUCUCUUUGACAUAAAAUAGUUUCAGACAACAUUGUACUGAGAGUCAUUCAGACAAUUUUUACAAAAACUUUUUGACUGUCCCCUCACCUGUUUUGUUCAUUAUGCAUUGGAUAACAAAAGGUAUUCAACACUUUGUGUCUACACUCUUUAAUUUUCAUUUAAAAUUUUAUUUUUCAAAAAAAAACUUUUAAUUUUUGGUGGCUAGUUUGUGUGGCUUUGUGUCUUCUUAUAUUGGAACAAAUGCUCUUUUCAGUAUACAUUAUUGUAUUUUAAAUAAUCAGAAUCAAACAAUGAAGAUCAUUUUUGAUUUGGAAUAAAUUCAGAAGAACAAAACCCCUUUGCGUGAUGUGAUAUGGGGGAAAGAAACUCUUUACAGAGAAGCUAAGGAAGGAGUUUUUUCAAUCAAAUCUCUUCUAUCAAAAGACAAUGGAAUAUUUACAUAAUGCAUCUGGGAUUCAUUUUCUACCUUUCCUAAUACGUGGGUUUAGUGGGGGAAUUGAUUACAUCAUUUCUUCUGUAAAGGUGAAGAUAGUUUUUAUAAGCAACAAAGUAACUUGUGAAUGAGAGAAGUAAUUUACUAGAAACGCUUGUUGAUAAUAAUUGACAUUUAGGUAUAUCAUUAUAUAUGAGUGAUUGUAUUUAUGUAUUUAUUUGUCAAAAUUGUACAUACUAUUUCACCAAACGUAAUUGUCUGUAAAAGUGCACUCUCCAGGUUUGUAGUACUACUUAGGGUUCCAUGGGUUGCCAAUCAAGCUGCUAAUCAGAAUAUUAUUUUUUGUAUCAAUGUUAUAAAACUGAAAAAUGACAAAUAGAUGCUGAAAAACGCCUUUACAUUCAGUUUCUUCACUUUCCUCAUGAAAUGUAAACUGUUGAUUGAAAGCACGAUGCUAAUGUAUAAGCCCAUCUGUCAUGAGGAAGAUUAUGGUUCCAUAAAGCUGGUUUUUUUUAAGCCACUGGGACAAAUAAACAGAAGGAGAACAUA